AAUCCAGACCAUUCGUGCACCACGUGCACAACGUAUGGGGUCACAUAAAGUCAGCCGGCUGGUGGGUGGAACAAAGUACAGUUUGUACAAAGGUUGUGAACUCAGUUCAAACUUAACUUUUGUUAUUUUGCAUGCCAAACGCGCUGAGUGAUAACUUUAUUGCCCUGAAGUCUCGUAUGCCAGAAGCUAGCUUUGUCUUUAGCUUUCCUGUAAGGAGAAAGGCCAAGUCGGAAAAUGGCAGUGAAUGAUGAGGAUGAAAAGACAUUCUUUUCAAGAAUCUCCCAUCCAUUUCAGACAGUGCCCUGUGCAAGGACAGCCUUCAUGUAUGGAAUACUAGGCGGAUUUGGAGUUGGUCUUGUAAACUUUCUAAUGACUAGUCGUGUGAAAAGAUCUACAGAUAUUGGAGUGGUGGUAUUCACCACGACAACGCUGCUGACUUUCGGAUACUGUCGAUACAGCAGAGCCAAACUACGCAUGUUGCAGAGACGAUAUGAAGAACUCCAAGGCAUAGAACCCACGGAAGUGUCCUGUGGACAACCAGGUGGCCUCAAGUGACUAGCACGUCAAUCUUGUGGUAACGUGUGCUAAGCUGGGUUUGACCAUUCACCCCGAUGAACUCGUUGGAAGACUCACUGUACAGGCAGCUGAGGAAAUUUUCAAGAAAUGCUACUUGUGACAGAGACAUCUUCUUAAGGUGGUGUGGAUGACCCUAAGCAAAUGCGAUGAAGUUGUGGUUGCUGUGACAUCUGUGUUGAAGGCCUUCUUCUGUGGCUAGCUCCACAAAUUUUCUGAGAAGUGCUUUAACUGUGAAUAGAGCAAAUAGUGAACUAGUCAUGUAUAAAUUGUGUGACAUUUUGCCCGGUAUGCCGUUACCUUCUGGUGACGAGUCGGUGUCUGGCUGGUGUGUCUAUGCAGUUUCUUAUGAGAUGGCCUUGAGAUGAGUGACAAGUCAAAAUGACAAUAAUUCUAUGGUAUAGAAUUUUGUGACAGCACCCGAAAAAGAAAAAAAUCUUCAUGUAGGAGAUUUAGUGGCAAAAGAAGGUAAUAAUAUAAAAUAAGACAAACAUAUGGAUGUUUUUGAAAGAUGUCAUGUUCAUGUAUUUUGGAAGUUGGCUUGGCACUGAGAAAAAGGAUAUUACUGAAUCUCUGAUGUGGAGAUGUCAUAAGCAUCUGACUUUGAAUUCCUAAUGUACCUGUGUGUCAUUUUUUGCUCAUAAAAAAGCAGUAUUUUUGGAAAAUCUGCGAGCAGAGUGUAAUCAUGUUCUGUUCUUCUCCAUAUAGAAAUUCCUCUCACCCCACAGUUCAUGAGAAAAUCCACUAAAUACAUGUACAUGUAGUUUUUGUCAGCAGAGCAUAGAUGUACGAGGGCUUUGAUGCAUUUUGCAGUAGACAACCUCAUCAUCAGUAACACCUCCAACUGCAGUUGUUUGUCCACAUUGAGUUUGGGAAUCCAGCAACUUGCACUUUAAGGCAACA